AAUUACAAUUUAAUUCAAUACAAAAUUAUGUAGAAAUGCUAAAAGUAAUAAUCAAAGGGUUUCAAGGAUAAUUUUGUUAUUUUAUGAAUUUAUUUCAAGAUAAAUCAUAUUAAAAUUAUUUAUUACUUAUUCCAAAUUUAAUAAUCAAACAGAACCAAAAUUAUUUAUUUUUAUACCUUACACAAACGCCCCUUAUUUAAUUGAAGACUUAAAAGUACUCCCUGAACUCAUUUUUCUCCAAAACUUUUGAUUUAUGUGAGAGAGGAGUGUUAGCAAAAAAAAAAAAAAAAAUGCAGAAAUUGAUUCCUGUGAUACAAUCACUGUAUCGUUCAGUACUUCGCAGAUCUUCAGCUUUCGCCGCCGUCAACUACCACUCCAAUCGCCACCUUCAUUUAUCAGCUUCUCCUACAACCCCUUUUCCUGUAUUGCGACAUCCUUUGACAAUGGCAAUGGGAAGCACACGUUCUUUUAGUGAAGAUGUGGCCCACUUGCCUGACAUAAAAGAUCCGGAGGUACAACGAGCUUUUAAGGACUUGAUGGCUGCAAGCUGGGAUGAGCUCCCAAAUGCAGUUGUUGGUGAUGCAGAGAAUGCAUUGAUAAAAAGUACUGAUGACAAGGCUGGUCAGGAAGCUUUGAUUAAUGUUUUCCGUGCAGCGGAGGCAGUGGAGGAGUUCACAGGGAUUCUCACAUCUCUGAAAAUGGAGAUUGAUGACGCGAUUGGUUUAAGUGGUGAGAAUGUGAAGCCUAUGCCAAAAGAAUUCUCUGAUGCAUUCCAAACAAUAUUUCAACGUUACAAUACCUACUUGAGUGCUUUUGGGUCAAAAGAGGGAUACUUGAAGAAGAAGGUUGAGACGGAACUAGGGGCAAAGAUGAUACACCUGAAGAUGAGAUGCAGUGGCCUUGAUUCUGAAUGGGGAAAGAUUACGGUUCUUGGGACUUCGGGACUAGCUGGUUCCUAUGUUGAGAAAAGAGCAUAAGCCUUCAAGGAUGUCUCAAAGUCGGAACUGUUUUCGCCUUUAAAUCACCUAUUUUACAUUUUCCUGGGAAAAAGAAAAGGAAGUUUUAGAUAAUACAGGAUGAUAUCGAUGUGAUCCGUUAAUUGCACUGAUCUUUCACAAGUUUGAUAAUGUGAUAACAGCAAUAUGUAGUUGAUACUAAUCCUAGUAACUUCUUUAUGGAGAUAGUUUCCUGAAUAUUCAGAAAGAUAGCAUUUCAUGUCAAUCGCUUCCGGUUGACUGAUGAAUCGGGUACACUGGUUUAAUUUUUCUUGAUUGAUUAUUGGACAUGGCACUGUAUGCUAGCCAGUUCACUUUUUUCUGUCGUGUUCAGUUGAACAAACUGAACCUAUGAACAUCUUUGAUUGACACUAGUGUGGAUAAUUAUUCUAAGAAUGCGUGUAGUGAAAAGUGUAAGUUUUUGAACCUGUGUAAGUUUUUGAACCUGUGAACUAUUAUAAAGAAGCUGUUAUCUAUUAUGCAAA